GUCACAGUGCGGUCACCUGGGAGAAGCAUACUUUACCUCUUUACUUCUCUUUACCUCACACUGGUAAACCAUGUCUUCCGAUAGCGACUACGACGACGACGUAAUGAAUGAAUUCGACGACACCAUGGACGAAGAUAGCAUAAUGGAUGAUUCGGACGAUUACGAAAACUCUCUAGAUGACUCUGGUGACGAGCUAGAAUACUAUGAAGACGGAGAGGAUCUUAAUUUUGAUGGAGUCAUGGCUGAAAAACAUCGGAAAAAGCUAUAUCAAGUUGAUUAUACCGUGCAAUCUUCAAAGCAUCUCAUGGGCAGCCAAGACAAAGAAGUUGGUCAAGUGGCCAGUAUUUUAGGGAUGCCAAAAGAGCAUGCGGCAACACUUUUACGUCACUAUAGAUGGAACAAGGAAAAGUUAAUCGAACGCUACAUGGAUAAUCCGGAAAAAGUACUUCGCCUCGCUGGCGUCGUAACUGACAAAGUUCGUCGUAUAAUCCCCGCGCGAGAAAUAUCUACUCCUCAACACCCAUUUUCGUGCGACAUUUGUUGCGAUGACGAAGAAGAGCUUGAAACCGUUGCUGUGUCUUGCAACCACCGGUUCUGCCGAACUUGCUAUGAGCAUUAUCUUAGGCAAAAGAUCAGAGAAGAAGGUGAAAGUCGAAAAAUUGAAUGUCCUCAAGAUGGCUGUAAGAUCGUCGUAGAUGAGAAAACGGUCGAAGAAGUGGUCGAUAAAAAUACCCACCUCAGAUACCGUGAAUUGCUCAACCGAACUUUUGUCGACGACAACGAUCAUCUUCGAUGGUGCCCAGCGCCAAAUUGUGAAUUUGCUGUGGAAUGUCACAUACCAUCAACAUCCUUGACCACCAUAGUACCGACAGUUGAAUGUGAAUGCAGCCAUCAAUUUUGUUUUGGGUGUGGUUUACCAGAUCAUCAGCCUGCAAUAUGUCCGCUAGUUAAAAAAUGGCAAAAGAAGUGCGAAGAUGAUUCUGAGACUGCAAACUGGAUAUCAGCGCAUACCAAGGAAUGCCCAAAAUGCCAUUCUACUAUCGAGAAAAACGGUGGAUGCAACCACAUGACUUGUCGAAAGUGCAAAUACGAAUUCUGUUGGGUGUGCAUGGGCCCCUGGUCUGAGCACGGAACCUCUUGGUACAACUGUAACCGAUAUGAUGAGAAGUCCAGCCACGAAGCAAGAGACAGCCAAACACAGUCCAGAGCAAGUCUGGAGCGAUACUUGCAUUACUAUAAUCGAUUUGCCAAUCAUCAACAAUCAGCCAAGCUUGAUCAAGAUUUGUACAGAAAAACGGAAAAGAAGAUGGAAGAAAUGCAACAGACCAGCGAUCUGUCAUGGAUAGAAGUACAGUUUCUAAAGAAGGCCGUCGACACGCUGACUCAAUGCCGAAUGACUUUAAAAUGGACAUAUGCGUUUGCCUUUUAUUUGUCAAGGACAAACGAAACGGUCAUAUUUGAGGAUAACCAAAAGGAUCUCGAGAUGGCUACAGAACAUCUGUCUGAAUUGUUAGAGAAGCCUUUGGAAAGAGAAAAGAUUGCAGAAUUGAGACAAAAUGUGCUAGACAAGACAGUGUAUGUCAAGCAGCGACGAGAGAUUUUGUUAGAGGACACAGCCAAGGGCUUGCUUGAAGGAAGGUGGACUUUCUUUGUCGAUCUCAAGUAGAUCAUACCUUACUUUCUUCUUCCUUUCUAUAUUUCAGUCUUCAUUCUUCUGUUCAAUUGAAUUACUGUUUUUCUUUCCUUUUCGCUCGCUGAUAUUUGCAAACCUACCGUUUUUCUUCUUUGCAAUUUCUCUUUUUCUUCUGAUACCAUUGAAAAUCGCAUAAUAACAAACCUGUACACCCCCUUCUCUCCCAAUAACCGAAAAUCUUGCCUGUGACUUGUUUCUUCUGCUCAUUGUUCAGUGCCUGAGUUUUUAACC